UCCAGUCUGUGAUUGAUGAAAAGGCAGCUACAAGCGCAGAAGUGCAGCAUCAGCAGCAGCAUGACGCGUGUCGCCCUGCUGGCGUUGGCUCUCGCGGCGACAUGCGACGCCAUUCUCCCGGAGAUCGUGGACUCGGGCAUCGGUCACAUCCUGGAGGUCCAUUCCGGAGCGACUGAGCCGAACCGCGUGUUCGUGGAAGUGGAGCAGCUGCAGGAGGAUGCGCAGCCCAAGCCUGAGGAUGCGUUUCAGCAAGAGAACACAACUACCAGUACCCUUUCUCCCAGUGGAACCACUUCUGAUCAAGUGACAGCGGACCCAGAGACAAACAACGUCACGGCUGCAGAGGGCGGUGACCUGGGCAACACUAUUUACAGAUAUACAGGAUGUGUCGCUGAUGAGGACUGUGGGGAGGGGAGGUAUUGCCUUCAUGACGCACACAGCCCCAGGUGUCUGCCCUGCAGAGCCACGGACGCGCCCUGCGCCAGGGACGAGGAGUGCUGCGGCGGGCGGCUGUGCGUGUGGGGCCAGUGCACUCCGAACGCCACCAGAGGGGAGCCCGGCGGCACGUGCCGGCGCCAGGCGGACUGCGGGCCGGGCCUGUGCUGCGCGCUCCACGCAGCCCUGCUCUUCCCCGUCUGCUCGGCCAAGCCCAUGGAGCGCGAGCGCUGCCUCGGCGCCUCCAAUCACCUGAUGGAGAUGCUGUCCUGGAGCGGCGGAGACGAGGGGCCCCGCGAGCACUGCCCGUGCGCAGGGAACCUCCGCUGCCGGCACCUGGGGAGAGGCUCCAUGUGCCUCCAAGGAAAGGAUUCAAGUGAAGAGGAGCUCACAGACACGCUGUACUCGGAGAUAGACUACAUCAUCUAGACGCAGCCUGAUCCGAGCGACCAGCGUCAUCGCACUCUGGGUUUGCCACAACGACGAAGCUAUGCAGCACAAACGACGGGAGCAAGCGUAUUUAUUUUUAUUUGCCAGCGUUCGCUGCAUCCCUGUAUUCUAUAAUAAUACAGCGAUGCCUUAUCCAAUGCAAAGCCAUAAACUGUAACUGACACUACAUACAGCUGUGGACUGUUCACUUUAGUGUCUUGUCACCUGUACUACAGUAAAUUAUCUUAAGCUGUACUUUUCCUAGCGUUUGCAUGAGGAACACCCAUUUGUAGUGUAGCCGCUCUGUGAGGAAAAGGAAAACCACCUGCACGCGUCCCUUCAUGUCCUGUAUAACCCAUGGACGGUAACCUUCUGUACUACGGGGACUGCAGUAGAUCUGAAGUUACUGACCAGAAGUACAAAUACAUUAUAAAGUAGACGUUAAGGAAUGUUUUUUCCUAGGCAGGAUGCACACAUGUUGAUGUUGAAGGAUUGUGUUAACAUUUACCUGCAGGUUAAGACUUUCCCUCCUCAGACCUAAACAUUGUUUCGCAGUAAUUCUGCCAGGUUUCAUAUCCUGGAUUUGUUUGCAACAAAGAUCUUCAUCCUCUGCAGUUUCCCCUGCUCUUCCUGACAAAGUGAUUUGGCAAACCCCUCUUCCUGCAGUUCUCCAUUGCUGUUGUGUAGCUUUAUGUUUCAUAAGGACACUGUACAUUGUUCUUCCCAAAAUGUUAUUAAAGGAGGAAAUGUACAAGAAAACAUGA